AGUAUCUCCUACAAAUCCCACAAUCCGCUGUAGUGUUCGCUGCUGUUGCGCAGAGCUGGUGCUGUUUAGUGGCAGGCCCUUUCUCCCCCUCUGUAGCUGUAACUGUGCUUUUGUUCGGGGUUUUAAAGACAAGGGAGGAGAAAUUAAGUUAGCGCAAUGUCAAUGCACUCAGCCUGUUUUUAAAGAAACGGAAAGGAUUUUUGCUCAGCCGCGAUGGCAGAUCACAGUAAGGAGACUUUGAAGAGGAUUAUUACCACCCUCGCUGUGAAGAAUGAAGAGGUCCAGAACUUCGUCUUUGUGCUAAAACAAACUCUGAAAAAUGUUGAGGCUAAUUCUGAGAGAGCUCUUGCAGACCUGGAAGCAGAGUACAGUUCACUGUAUGCCAUACUGGAUGAGAUGAAGGAAGACAUGAUAACGAAGAUCAAGCAAGAACGAGCCAGAAAAACAUACGAACUGCAGAAUCAGCUGACUGUCUGCACAAAGGCUUUGGAGAGUUCAGAGGAGCUGCUUGAGUUUGCUAACCAGACUCUGGACACUGCGAACUCUGAUGGAAUCAACCAGGCUGCCAAGCAGAUUAAAGAUAGUGUUACCAUGGCACCAGCAUUCAGGCUGUCCUUAAAAGCUAAAGCCAGUGACACUAUGAGUCAUCUGAUGGUCGACUUUUCCCAAGAACAAAAGAUCCUUCGUUCACUCAAGUUCUUGCCAGUACCAAGUAUUCCAGAGAUCGAUGCAUCAGAGUGCCUGGUGGCAGACAAUUGUGUGACUGUAGUCUGGAGAAUGCCUGAAGACGAUGGCAAGAUCGAUCAUUAUGUUCUAGAAUAUCGCAAAACCAAUUAUGAAGGACCACCACGACUAAAGGAAGAGCACCCUUGGAUGGUGAAGGAAGGCAUCAAAGAGCAGGAAUUUACCUUGUCAGGGUUGAAAUUUGACACAAAGUUUAUCAACUUUCGGGUGAAAGCUUGCAACAAAGCAGUGGCUGGAGAGUUCUCCGAACCCAUCACCCUGGAGACAAGUGCAUUUAAUUUCAAUUUGGAUGCUGCAACAGCCCAUCAGAACUUGAAAGUGGAGGACCACAGUGUGGAAUGGGAUGCAUCAGGGGGGAAGGUGCAAGAGAUCAAAGUCCGAGGAAAGGAAAACCGAAGUAGGACAGCAUCGCCGGCAAAUUCCCCUGCAAGGAGCAUCAUUCAAUCACCAAAGAGAAUGCCAUCUGGACGGAGCAGCAGAGAUCGCUUUACUGCAGAGUCAUACACUGUCUUGGGUAGGUACAAGAAACACUUCUUGUGA